AUGUCUGACAAUGUUAAGAAGAUCGUUGAACAAAAUAACACCGCCAAGAGGCCCCACCGCCAUCUUUCUCCGACAACCGACGGUUUACUUCAUCCGCCAUUUUUACCCGAUGAACUCAUCUUUCAGAUCCUUUUGUGUCUUCCGGUGAAAUUCCUUGUACAACUGAAGUGUGUGAGCAAAUCAUGGAAAACCCUAAUUUCCGAUCCCAAAUUUGCAAAGACUCACCUUCGGAGCAUAACAAGCAUAACCCAUCAACGAUUAUUCUCUUCUCGUCUUACUGGUAAAUUAGGCAAAAUCAUAUCUUUCGCUGUUAAACCAAUGUUCGAAAAUCCAUCAAAACCUACUGAUCCGGUUGAGUUCAGCAUGGAACACAGGUUCCGUAUUCUUGGUUCAUGCAAUGGGUUGCUGUGUCUGUUUGAUACGGAAGGAGGUUAUGUUAAAUUAUGGAACCCUUCUAUCAGAUAUGAAUCCAAAAAUUCUCCAACUCUUAGAUUCUUUGAUCUCGUAUCAUGGAUUUGGCUAUGA